UGCGCAAACUUGGCAAAUAAAACCGAUUCUGAUUCUGAUUUUCAGCCUUUGGGAUGUGCAGUUCGUCCACCACCCGCUGGGUGGCAGCAGUGCAACAUGUGGCGUCUAACGCUCUGAGCAGAAGAAGGCGUGAUGCUGGUCGCAUCCUGCUGACGCACAAAGGCUGAGGAAUAAUGUCUGUAGCCUGGCGGCUCGUGUGUUAAUACAUUUGUUUGUAUGGGCAGAACAUACCGACGUAAACGUCCUCACAGUUUUGUAGAUAUUGUGUAAAUGCCUAGUUCAAUGACGGAAGCUAACAGAAGAUAAAGCUCCAGGACAACUGUUGGGAUGGCUGCAGAAGACGAAAUAAACUUGUUGGUCAUCGUCGUCGACGUAAAUCCGUUAUGGUGGGGGCAGCAGGCUCAGCGGGGGCCAGAGUUCACUCUGUCCAAGUGUGUGGAUGCAGUGAUGGUAAUGGGAAACUCCCAUAUGGCCAUGGCCCGGACAAACAAGCUGGCUGUUAUCGCCAGUCACUGUCAGGACAGUCACUUCCUGUAUCCCAGAAAGAGCUGGGCAUCUGGGGACAAUGGGGGAGAUGAAGCAUCCUCCAGUGGAGAUGGCAAAUACGAACUCCUUUCAGUUUCCAAUAACAUUAUUGCUGAAGAGAUGAAGAAUAUUAUGUCAAAAACUGAAGUGAGAGGAAAUUCAACGGAUACCUUGCUGGCUGGAUCCCUUGCCAAAGCUCUAUGCUAUAUUCACAGGGUCUCCAAAGAACUGGAAGUUGGACAAGAUAUUAAAUCAAGAAUAUUGGUUAUAAAAGCAGCUGCAGACUGUGCUCGCCAGUACAUGAACUUUAUGAAUGUGAUAUUUGCUGCACAGAAGCAGAACAUCCUAAUUGAUGCUUGUGUGUUGGAUGCAGACUCAGGUCUCCUUCAGCAGGCUUGUGACAUAACUGGAGGAUUAUACCUCAAGAUACCACAGACGGUUGCUCUGGCACAGUAUCUUUUGUGGGUGUUCCUGCCCGACUCUGAGCAGCGUUCACAUCUGGUGCUGCCGCCACCUGCGCAUGUUGACUACCGAGCUGCGUGUUUCUGUCAUCGUAACCUUAUUGAGAUUGGUUACGUGUGCUCAGUAUGUCUCUCGAUAUUCUGCAACUUCAGUCCCAUCUGUACAACUUGCGAGACUGCCUUCAAAAUCCAGUUACCGCAGAUGGUCAAGCCGAAGAAGAAGAAACUCAAGCAGGCAAUGUGAUUUUGCCCAUGAUUAUUCAAAAGAACCCGUUUCCUGCUUGUGGGGAUAUUUAUUUGUUUGAGGCAGUUUGUUGAUUUGAUCAUUCCACUUAAUCACAAAAACAUAAAUGUAUGUUCGCCUGAAAAACAAACCUUGACUGAAUAAAUGCAAAUACUAUAAAUAUAAACACAAACAUUUAACCACAGCCUAUAACAUUUGUUUUACACCAUUCUCACUGUAGUUUGUAUUUAACUUCCUACUGAAAUGUAAAUAUUGCGCUACUCAGGAUUUUUUCUACUUUGAAACAUUAACGAAAGUUAAUUGAAAGAAAAAUAUUUGCCUUUAAAUGACUCUUGCUAUUGAAUAAUAUUUGACGCCAUAUUUUUCUUAAUAGGUGUAAAUAAACCUUUAUUAAUUGUC